AUGGCUCCCUCCCGCGCUGCUGAGGCCGAGAACAAACCAUGGACUCCUUCCCCUACUGAGUCAGCCUUUUCCACCGUGUCUGCCGAUGGAGAACUAGCACUUCGAAAUGCUGGAAAGAAAUCCCUAGCCCAAGAGCUCGAGGAUGUUAUGGAGCGCAACCAAAGCCGCAAUGAAGACGCGCCAACAAUCGCCGAGAACCCCGUCAACGAUACUGUGUUUACCUGGAUAUUUAGCCGCUCAGUUGAAGGCUUUACCUCUCAAAUAACCUAUGCUGAGGCCGCGGAGUUACUGAAGCGUGCUUAUGAAGAGCCACGUAAUCGAGAUGCACCAGUGCGGCCAGAACUGGCAACUGAUACAGCUCUUGUGGUCACGAUUAUUUGCUCCCUACUCGUCCUUGCUGUUGUCGGCGGUAGUGUAAAGGGUUGGCGAUAG